GACCUGCAUAACUUGGUUAAUGUUAUGUCAUAAGUUGGCAUUCAGAGUAGAAAAUUUAGACUGAUACUGGAGCGGCUCUACGGCGGGAAAACACGCGAACCUGAACUCAAAGUUCUUCUAUUAAUACAACUCAUCACUAUGCAGCAAAAAAAAAAAGUUAAAUCAGACUAAACAUUAAUCAGGCAUCAUGCUCCACUUGUUCUGUUAAGGAGUCGUUAACAUGCAUUUUAUUAAAUAGUUAUUAAUAUGCAGCUUGUAAACAUACACAUAUAAACGGCACCCCAUCUUCAAUAGAAAAGAUUUAUUUCACUAAACGAAGGAGAGUGAGAGUUCCUCUUCUUCUCUCACCCAUCUUUGACUACUGUUAAAGAGAGUUUUGCUAACCUUAUAUCUUGUAUUUGGGCUUUUUGAAAUGCUUCUUUCUAACAAAACUAUUUCCAACAGAAGAUAAGUUUCAUUUUGGUGUAGUGUAAGCAUUAGAAACAAGCAGUGUGCAGGAUGAGCAGCGGCCACCAGUCCCUGUAUUUCCUCAGUCUUCCUGACCCAAAGCAGCUGGUCUGCGUCACCCUGACUCUGCAGGAUGAGGGCGAGGAGCUGAGGAGCAAACAGAUCAGGACCUGCAGGGAGCUGGUUCUGCUGUUCUCUGAUCUUCUCGCUGCUCCUGCUCUGGACUCCUUUGCUGAUAUCACAGUGGUCAUAGCUACCUCGUUCUUACAGAACGGCAUCCUCCAGGUGUUUGGACACAGACACCGUCUGCAGCUGGGCUCUCCUCAGUCUGUGCUUCCAGGGGACCUCCAGCGUUGCCUGUCCUACUCUCUAAUCAGCAGACUGUCCCCCAGCUGGAACAAAGUCGGUCUCUUCCUCGUCUCAGGAAAAGACUUCCUGACUGAGAGCGGGAGGCUCAACGCUGUCAGCGUGGAGCUGAGUGUCACUGAGGCCCACAUGUGUUUCAGCAUUGAGGCCAGCGCUGUCCGACUGCCCCUGACCACCGUAAGACAACAAGAACACCUUUAUGUAAAUGUCCUGGGGGACUUUGACCUGCCCCCGCUGGUGCUCCAGAGGUUAUGCAGUGACCGUGACUUCGUCGUCGACCUGGCCUCCACCGCAGGAGCCGUGUGGUGUCACGUCCUGCCCAGCAUGAAGAAAGGUCAGGUCAUCUUCAUCAGCCGCCAGCUGCCCAAGCAUGGACCAUUCAGGAGCUACAGAGACCUGCAGAAGCACUGGAACCUCAUGUAUGGCUACAGACUGCCUGAGCUGGCAGAGGAUGAGGUGCUGUACUGCAGCGUCUACUUCAGGCUGCUGGGAGAGAUACUCUUCAGCUACCCUCUGAGCUGCAUCCGCCUGCAGCCGGUGCAGCGUUGUCCUCGGGUCGACCUGCAGGGGGCGCUGGGCGGCUUCCUGUCUGACGUCAGGCACACACUGAAGACUGUGUGUGGCUUCCCUGCACAUCUGAGCAGACAGCCCUGUUACCGUGCAGUCCGCCUGAGCAGCGCUGGAUCUUUACAGAUGUUGAAUGGUUUGGAAAUCAACCUGACCACCUCCUGCUCCAUCAGGCCGGUCCUCACCCAGCUUCCUCCACCCCCUCCUCCACCCCAGCCUCUGCAGCCUUCAGCCUGGACCCCUCUGUCCCAGCAGGAAGGAGCUCAGGAGCUUCUGGACAAAGGACGUGGCUUCAGCAGGAGACUGACACAAAGUCAGGGGUGUGGAGGCAGAGACUGGCCUCCGUCUUCCUCCAUCUCCUCCUCACAUGCUGCUUUUUCCUCUUCUGACUCCUCAGAUCAAGAAUCACAACCUUCCUGCUCCUCCUCUUCUUCCUCUUUUCUCCUGCACUUCCAGCCAGCCUCAUCCCUCAGCUCCUCCUCCUCCUCCUCCACCUCCUGCUCUUCUCUCCCAGUCUUCCAGCCUGCUUCCUCCUUCAUCUCUUCCCACUCCUCCUCCUCAACUCCCUUGUCUGAAGCGGCAUUGAACCCUUCUCCCAAACUUGUUCCAGUCUUCAAGCGUCCAUCGCACCGCGUCACCAUUUCCCUGCUGCAUCCCCAAAAUCAGAAGCAGCUGGGUGGAGCUGUGGAAGGGUCAGCGAGGGUGACGGUGCCUUCCUUUAGGAAGGAGAUUCCCGCCACUGCUCCUCGCCUUUCUUCUUUAUCAGCUGCUCCCCCCCCAGUUCUUCCUUUGCCCAUCAUCCCUCACUUCAGCCGCCAUCCCAAACUCCACAGCAGCACUGCGGCUGCUCACCCGCCUCCGGCUCACAUCAAGCGCGUCUCCAGCCUCAGUCCUGUAACAAAGUUUAAACCGAGGAUUAUCAUCCCUCCAAAGCCGGAGAUCAAGACCGGCUCCAAAACCACCCUGAAGGUCAGCUCUGAAAGUGACGCUGUCACUGGCUGCAGAGAUGAAACACAGACGUCCUCUGAAACCUCAAACAAUGAAACCUCCAAACGCAGCACGAAGAGAGUUUCUUUUGACCUAAAGACGAAGAAAUCCAGAGCCGCAGUUGGAGACGUGGACGUGGAGAAUAUGGUCAAAACCAAUCAGUUGUCCAAGCUGAACUCUGCGACUCUGCUGCUGUGGCUGAAAGCUCGAGGCGUGAACGUCAACGCCAAACACAGGAAGGAGGAGCUGAUGAUGAAGGUCAUGAGCUGCCUGGCUGAGGCCUGAAGCACACACUGGCUCACCCCUCGCUGCAUUUACUUAAUAGAGUUACUUUGGAGUAUUAACGCUGCGCUAAGCUUUCCUUUUAAGAAUUUGAUGUAAAAUCUUAUCAGCCGGGACAGAUGAGAGCUUCUCAUCCUCGCUAAUUGAGAUGCUGAACAUUUGCCAACGUUAGAUUUUGGUGUCAGAUGAAGUCACAGCGGGUCCAGAGGAGGACCUUUGAUUAAAUGAAAGCACUGUUGGAAGCUUUCUCUUCCAUGUGACGCCUUCACUCGUGUUCACUUUGCUUCAUUGUUCAGGUUAUUAACUGUAAAACUGUUCAUUCACUGUGUGGAAGGUCCUCAGUGUUCCUACAGCAGCUGCUUCAGAGUCUUUUACCUGUGAGCCUCUAAAGAGCCACAGGGAGGUUUUACAAGCUGUUCACAAAGGUCAUGUCUUCACAGAAAGCACCAGCGUUCUGCAGCAGGUGUGUUUGUUCUGGAGCUGCUCACCACUGUUCACGACUGCACUGUAAUAAUUCUUAUUGAAGGUUUGAGAAUAAAAACAAAUUAUUAACCAGA